AAGCCCCUAGGCAUGCAGACGGCUUCUACAAACAUUGGUGAAAGAAUGGGUCGCUCUCAGGAGCUCAGUGACUCCAAGCGUGGUCCCGUGAUAGGUGGCCACCUGGGCAAUAAGUCCAUCUGUGACAUUUCCUGGCUACUAAAUAUUCUACGCUCAACUGUUAGUGGGAUUAUAACAAAGUGGAAGCCACUGGGAACAACAGCCACUCAGCCACCAAGUGGUAGGCCACGUCACAUGACAGGGCGGGGUCAGCGCAUGCUGAAGCGCACAGUGCGCAGAAGUCGCCAACUGUCUGCAGAGUCAAUAGCUAAAGAUCUCCAAACUUGGUGUGGCCUUCAGAUGAGCCCAACAACAGUGCGUAGAGAGCUUCAUGGAAUGGGUUUCCAUGGCCGAACAGCUGCAUCCAAGCCUUCCAUCACCAAGUGCAAUGCAAAGCGUCGGAUGCCGUGGUGUAAAGCAUGCCGCCACUGGACUCUAGAGCAGAUACUUGCCUGACUGCAUUGUGCCAAGUGUAAAGUUU